AUGGUUGUUUCAAGAUUAAAGGCCAUUUCCCUGUCAUUGCCAAGCCUUUUUCUUCUUGCUUUUCAUCUCUCAGCAUCACAGAAUGUACCUGAAUACUCUGAAGCUGAAUAUCAGCAAUGUGUCAGGAAAGAACACCCCACAAUUUCUUUUGAAGAUCUGAAGCCCUGGGUGUCGAAUUUCACCUAUCCAGGUGUGCAUGACUUUUCUCAGCUUGCACUGGAUGCCAACAGGAACCAGCUCAUUGUGGGAGCAAGGAACUACCUCUUCAGACUUAGUCUACACAACGUUUCUCUUAUUCAGGCAACAGCAUGGGGUUCAGAUGAAGACACCAGGAGGUCCUGUCAAAGUAAAGGUAAAACAGAGGAAGAGUGCCAGAACUAUGUCCGAGUGCUGAUUGUUUAUGGCAAGAAAGUUUUCACUUGUGGUACCAAUGCCUUUUCACCAGUGUGUUCCAGUCGGCAGGUAGGAAAUUUAAGCAAAAUCAUUGACAGAAUUAAUGGAGUGGCUCGGUGCCCCUACGACCCUCGGCAUAACUCGACAGCUGUGAUUACAUCACGAGGAGAACUCUAUGCUGCAACUGUAAUUGAUUUCUCUGGUCGGGAUCCUGCCAUUUACCGCAGUCUUGGAAAUGUUCCUCCUCUUAGGACAGCACAAUACAACUCCAAAUGGCUUAAUGAGCCUAACUUUAUUGCUGCCUACGACAUUGGUUUGUUCACCUACUUCUUCUUCCGUGAGAAUGCAGUAGAACAUGACUGUGGGAAAACAGUUUAUUCUCGUGUGGCGAGGGUUUGCAAAAAUGACAUCGGAGGAAGAUUUUUGCUGGAGGACACAUGGACAACUUUCAUGAAAGCCAGGCUGAACUGCUCCCGUGCUGGAGAAAUCCCUUUCUAUUAUAAUGAAUUGCAAAGCACCUUCUACCUUCCUGAGCAAGAUCUGAUCUAUGGUGUCUUCACUACUAAUGUAAACAGCAUAGCUGCCUCAGCAGUGUGUGCCUUCAAUUUGAGUGCCAUUACUCAGGCAUUUAAUGGCCCUUUCCGUUACCAAGAAAACCCAAGAUCAGCCUGGCUGCCAACGUUAAACCCCAUCCCUAAUUUCCAGUGUGGGACGCUGAAUGAUGACAGCCCUAACGAGAACCUGACGGAGAGAGUUCUGCAGGAUGCGCAGCGCUUAUUCCUGAUGAAUGAUGUCGUGCAGCCAGUGACUGUAGAUCCGUAUGUGACUCAGGACAGCAUUCGUUUUUCCAAACUGGUGGUUGAUAUUGUUCAGGGGAAGGAUACUCUCUACCACGUGAUGUAUAUUGGAACAGAGUAUGGCACCAUCUUGAAGGCCCUUUCUACCACUAACAGGAGCCUGAGGAGUUGUUAUUUAGAAGAAAUGCAGAUCCUCCCUGAUGGACAACGGGAAGCAAUCAAGAGUCUCCAAAUCCUGCACAGCGACAGGUCACUCUUUGUGGGCUUAAAUAAUGGAGUGCUAAAAAUUCCUCUGGAGAGAUGCUCCAUGUACAGAACAGAAGGGGAAUGCCUAGGAGCCAGAGACCCCUAUUGUGGCUGGGAUAAUAAGCAGAAGCGAUGCACCACCAUUGAAGACAGCUCCAACAUGAGCCUGUGGACUCAAAAUAUUACUGAGUGCCCAGUGAAAAACCUGACAACAAAUGGAAGACUGGGGCCUUGGUCCCCAUGGCAACUGUGUGAGCAUUCGGAUGGGGACAGCACAGGCUCCUGUAUGUGUAGGUCACGUUCAUGUGACAGCCCUCGUCCACGCUGUGGAGGUCGCAGCUGUGAAGGGGCCAGGAUUGAGGUGGCAAAUUGCUCAAGAAAUGGAGCUUGGACACCUUGGUCUUCCUGGGCUCCAUGCAGCACCUCCUGCGGGAUAGGCUUCCAGGUCCGCCAGCGAUCCUGCAGCAACCCCGCUCCACGGUAUGGAGGCAGGGUCUGUGUUGGACAGAGCAGGGAAGAAAGAUUCUGUAAUGAGAACAGUCCAUGUCCGUUGCCGAUUUUUUGGUCUUCAUGGGGUCCUUGGACUAAAUGUAGUGUGAAUUGUGGUGGAGGGAUUCAUUCGAGGCAGAGGUCUUGUGAAAAUGGAAAUACAUGUCCAGGCUGUGCUGUG